AUGGCAGCCGUCUUUGAUACCCUCCCCGACGAGAUUCUGCUCGAGAUCCUGACUCAUUUUGCUCUCCGGCCAAAGAGCGACGUAUUCUUCCCCGAAUGCUACCUCAAGGGGCUCCCGCGUAGCUCUACGGAGAAGGCCGAAUUCCAGGAAGCCCGUUCAAAGCAUGCACCGAUAGAUAUCCAUUAUUUACACAGCGCCACAACGAAGCAAUGUCGUCGAGACCCCUCCGGUCGGCCAGAUGUCCACUGCGCCGAAUGGCUCGUCCUCAACACCACCUGCCGCCGUAUUCGCCGCCUCGGAAAAGGCGUCUUCUUCCAGACGAGGUGCCUUGCUAUGUCUUCAACUCUGCCCCAAAGACUGCAGCAGCGCAGCUUCAUGCCGCCGCUAUCUGCGCCGGACCAAGAGCUCGCACUCGCACGCAUCGAAGAUGUUGUAUUUAUCGACGGGAACGCCCAUUCUCCGUCAGGCCUACUGUCUCUGCCGCGACGUCUAGCGCUUUUUCCGAGAUUGCGCAGCUGCCUGGUGGUAUAUGGCUACCGUGAAAGCGAGACUCUCGGCGAGUUGAAACGAUAUGUCGCGUUUGCCUUUGACGGAGAACUCGAUGGACGGCGGAACCUUGGGAUCCCUCCCAGUCUGCGGAAAUUACUAUGCGACAUUGGUGUGCCAGAGGAUAUCCACGUCGACUUUGCCUUCCCUCCGGGCCUUGAUUCCCAGGCGUACAGGAAUGAAAUAAUACGAAUUUCAUUCCCCAUGCUAGAUCAGAAGGCGCAAGCAUUGGGGGCACGACCAAAGGCCACAGUGUCUGGCCGGCGGUAG